ACAUGAACAUGUUUUUCUAAAUCAACAUUUCCUAUAGCACCUGAACGCAUCAGCAGCAGUAUUUGACCAGUGGUCUUUCAGCAGCCUGUCAGUCUCACAGAAGGAGCUGGUUGCUGCUCUGAAUUUCAUGUCUGUAGGUCUGAAUGUUUGGCCAUAGUAUCUGCAGAUGGUCCAGAAAGCAGGUGUGCUGCUCAUUAAGUCAUUUGUCUUAAGGGGUUACAAACUGGGGGAGGCAACGCCGCUAUUGUUUGUUAUCACUUCCGGGCGAGUCGUCGGCGUGUAGCAGAGCAGACCUCAUCGCCAGCGGAGAAGUCCAGCUGCAUCGAUGCUUCGUGCGGGAAGGAUGGAGGAGUUUGUCACGGAGGAGGAGGAGCCGUGGUACGAUCAGCGGGACCUGGAGCAAGACCUGCACUUAGCAGCAGAGCUCGGCAAGACUCUCCUGGAGCGUAACAAGGAGUUGGAGGACUCCCUUCAACAGAUGUACAUCAAUAAUGAGGAGCAAGUGCAAGAGAUAGAGGUAUGUUUUAACCUGUCCAAGCAGCUGGAAAUGUUGAGGGAGAUGAACGAACAGCAUGCAAAAGUGUACGAACAAUUGGACGUGACUGCCAGAGAGCUCGAAAUCACCAAUGAGAAACUGGUGCUGGAGAGCAAAGCUUCACAGCAGAAAAUAGACAGGCUGACCGGCACCAUGGAAACCUUGCAGAAUCAGGUGGACAGUCUCACGUCUCGGGUUGAGGAGCUGCGAACUCUGGAGGAGCUGAGGGUGCUCAGAGAGAAGAAGGAGCGUCGUAAGACCGUGCACUCGUUCCCCUGCCUCAAGGAGCUCUGCACCGCCCCCAGGUAUGAGGAUGGUUUCCUGCUGGCCAAUCCGGGUAGUGUAGACCUGGUUGAGAGACAGCCACUGGAUGAGGAAAACGAGCGCCUGAGAGACCUUGUGUCCUCCCUGCACUCGGCCGUGGCCUCGGAGCGGUCUAAGCGGAGAGCGUUGAUGAGGGAGUGUGCUGCAGUGUUGCGAUUCGAGCGUCUGGAACAGCGUCUCCUGGGUGCAGAGGGCUGCCAGCUGCGGGUUCAGGAGCUUGAAGCUGAGCUCCAGGAGAUGCAACAACUCAGGAAGUCCAGAUGUGUCUGACUUGGGGACAUGGAAGACAGCCUAGAGACGCUGCUUAGUAUGGCCCCUGAGACAGAUAGCCCAGAGGACGGGACAGGGCUGGACGUGGGAGGCGAUGGAGCAGCCCGGUGCCGGAAAAGCUGCAGCGACACAGCCCUGAACACCCAUAUCGACUUCCUCGGGUAGACGCCAGGGCAGUUACACCCUCCACGCAACGGCACGCGCAAACGGGGCAUGUCCAUCCUGCGGGAGGUGGACGAGCAGUACCACGCUCUGCUGGAGAAGUACGAGGAGCUGUGGGGGAAGUGCAGGCGUCACGAGGAGAGCUUGUGCCACGCCGGGGUGCAGACCUCACGGCCCGUCUCCAGGGACCCCCUCCAUGAAGGAAUACAGCAUGAUCUCAGGUGGGAGCCUUCAACAUCUGGGGCGGUCGCCGCUCCUCCCACGCCUCCCCAAACUCCCUCCACCCCAGAGGCCCUGGAGGGGUCGAGCAGGCAGGUGGAGCAGGUGGACAAACGGCUGAGCCAGAACACGCCGGAAUACAAGGCGUUGUUCAAAGAGAUCUUCUCCCGACUGCAGAAGACCAAGAGUGACAUGAACUCCACCAAGAGCAGAAAGGACUCACAAAUAAACUAAAACUCAUCACACCAGGGUGACACUAAAUGCACUAAAAACACCUAAAAACUGAUCCUCAUCAAGUUACCUCAGUUUGAUGAUUCUUUAACCAUUCCUCACUGCAAGGGUGCUUUUUUUUUUUUUUUUGUUGUUUGCUCCUGGGGAAGAACGCUACUUAUAAAUAUUAAACUGCUCAAACGUAUUUCAGUUUUGUGGAGGACAGAUUGCUGUGGUUUUCUGUGGAUAAAAUGCCUUUUUGAGUGUCUGCUACUGAUAAUCGAAACAGAAAGCGUUGUAUUUGUAAUUACGAUUAGCUGAUCAGUGGAGGUGUUGCCGUUUCUGUUGUGUACUGUAAGCACUGACGACGCCAAAUGAUAACUUAAAGUGAACGUUUGGCUAUGAAAGCAUUUGUAGCAUGUAUUUAUUAACACUAAAAUGUCUUUAAAAAGGAGGUAGAAAAUAAAUCACAAGCUUUUGCCCAGAAACAGUGAUGUUUGUGCUCUAAUUUAGGUCAUGAAUACAU